AUGGCUUCACUCCUAGCCAAUCAUUCGUGUACGACGUCGACCUUCUCGACCCUCACUCUCUUCGGCGCCGAAAUCCUCUCGGUAGAUGCCAACCCUGUCACCAAUUAUAAUUUCGAUGUUCCAACAGGAUGGCGAUAUUCCCAGCCCGCAGUCAACGUGCAGGACGCAGGUUUCUGUAAUGUCACAGUUACCUACACCCACCCGGGAAAGAAUGACACCAUAAGUAUAGAAACGUGGUUACCCACGGCCGACGACUGGAACGGCAGAUUGCAGGCACUGGGCGGUGGAGGUUGGGUGGCAGGUCGUUUCGCACUUACGUACGGCGGGAUGGCCGGCGCUAUUCAUGAUGGUUACGCCACCGUCACGACAGAUGCUGGUGUUCCGGAUGCUUCUUUUCCCACAUGGGCUGUUCUAAGUCCUGGAAAUCUGGAUUUGGUUUCAUUGGACAACCUAGGACACGCAUCCCUGAAUGACGCUGCUGCCGUUGCUAAAGAUGUCAUUCAGCGCUAUUACGGGCGAGGGCCAUCGUACUCUUAUUGGAAUGGUUGUUCUAACGGGGGUCGACAAGCUAGUGUUUUGGCUCAGCAAUAUCCCACGGCAUACGAUGGAAUCAUUGCAGCAGCGCCUGCACUCUACUGGGCCGAAUUAUUGAUGGCUACUUCAUGGCCAGUGUUCUACAUGGACCUUACCGGACAGUAUCCGUACGGAUGUGAAUUGACGCGAAUAACAACCCUUGCGGUCGCUGCUUGUGAUGAACUUGAUGGUGUUAGGGACGGACUCAUCGCGGAACCGGAGGAAUGCCGACGAGUGUUUUCCCCAAAAGACUAUAUUGGAACAGUCUUCAAUUGUUCGAAUACUGGCCAAAACAUGGAACUUAGCUCUACCGCCGUAUCCGUCGCCGAGGCCAUGUGGGACGGACCGACAUAUUCUAAUGGUGAAUUUAUGUGGUACGGGUUCGAAAUUGGAUCCGACUUAUCGACAGUUGCCUCAACAAUUUGCACCGAGGACCACGUCUGUGCUCCUGCUACUCAAGAUAUGCCGUUUUACAUUUACCAAACCUUCGUCUUAAAAGACUUCUCUGCGAACGUUACGAAGCUUACCCAUAGUCAAUUUGAUUCAAUGUACCGUUCCCUGAAGCGAGCUUUCAGUUCCUCUAUGGCGGCCACAGAGUCCAAUAUCAUUGACUUCCGCGAAUCUGGAGGUAAAAUGAUUACAUACCACGGACUUGCGGAUCCGUCUAUUACACCACGCGGUACUCUCCAUUACUAUAAAGAAGCAUCGAGAACGUUACAAAACAUCACCGAGUUCUAUCGCUAUUAUCGUGUACCGGGGCUAGAGCAUUGUUGGGGAGGUAAUGGGGGCCAGCCCGAAGCUCUGUUCAGCCAGCUACGGUUGUGGGUUGAGAACGGAACGGCACCUGAAGCCAGCCCCGUCAAAAUCCAACAGCCCGCCAACGUAACGAGGGACGAAAUCCUGUGUCCAUAUCCCAAGAAAGCGACCUUCCGAACGACAUGCGCUAAUUCUACUUCUACUGUUGGAUGCUGGUCGUGCGAAUAA